UGCUGAAAGUUGAUAUCGAAAUAGAGUAUAUUUAACCUAAAACUGAUUUAAAAAUGGCAAAUAGAACCGUAAAAGACGCAAAAUCAAUUCGAGGUACAAAUCCUCAGUAUUUAGUAGAGAAAAUAAUCAGAUCACGUGUAUACGAUUCUAAGUACUGGAAAGAAGAAUGCUUUGCCUUGACAGCGGAGCUUUUAGUCGACAAAGCUAUGGAACUGAGGUUUAUAGGUGGUGUCUAUGGUGGAAACGUAAAACCAACACCAUUCCUUUGUCUCAUAUUAAAAAUGUUACAAAUACAACCUGAAAAGGACAUUAUUGUAGAAUUCAUAAAAAAUGAAGAGUUCAAAUAUGUUCGCGCAUUGGGAGCUUUAUACAUGAGAUUAACAGGGUCAUCUUUGGACUGCUACAAAUACUUGGAACCAUUAUUUAAUGACAACAGAAAGUUGAGGAAGCAAAAUAAGCAAGGUCAAUUUGAGUUGAUUCACAUGGACGAGUUCAUAGAUGAACUUCUAAGAGACGAAAGGAGUUGUGAUGUUAUUCUACCAAGAAUUCAGAAGAGACAUGUGUUAGAGGAAAACAACGAAUUAGAGGGAAAGGUGUCAGCAUUGGAGGAUGAUAUGGAUGAGGGAAUAGAAACAUCGGAAGAUGAAGAUAUACCACCUGUUAAAGAAGACACGCGUAAAAGAACGGACGAUCAUGACAGAGACAGAGAUCGACACAGAGAAAGGGACAAGAGGCAUUCACGAUCAGACAAGAAGUCUGAUAGAGAAAAACAGAGAUCGAGAAGCAGAGACAGAGACCGGGAUAGACGAGAACGUAAGCGGAGCAAGUCACCGAAAAGUCAUUCCUCGUCGCACAAGGAUAAGGACAGAGACAAGGAUCGGCAUAGAAGGGACGACAGGGACAGAGACAGGGAUAGAGAUCGGGAUCGAAGACGAGAACGUGACAGGGCUAGACACUGAAUUUAAGUAUUACGAUAUAAGAAAUUUUUUACUGGAUG